AAUGAAGAAACUGAACACCCAGAACUAGAAGUAAUCUCCGAUUGAGGAAACUCCUUCACUUCCCACUCUGCAAGCUACGAUCGUCUUCACUCCGGAGCCUUCAGCUUCUGCAUUGGGAUACACCAUGUCCUGGCUGGCCAGAUCCAUUGCAAAUUCAUUGAAGCUCGAAGAUGAUGAUGAAGAAGACGAAGAGAAUGCCGGUGGCAACCUUAAAUCACCGCUCAAAUCCGAUUCCGUGUCUAACCAGUACCAUCAGACAGAUUCUCCUUCGCCGUCGUCGUCGUCAUCUUCAACUCCCACUGCCAGAGGCGUCAAAGAGGAUUUGUCCGAGCUGAAAAAUACCCUAACCCGCCAAUUCUGGGGUGUCGCCUCUUUCCUCGCCCCUCCGCCUGAACAUUCUGCGUCUGACUCUCACAUCUCUCAUCCAAAUCCUAACGAACCGAUUGAUACGUCAACAGCCGACAAUCCAUCUGACCCUAGAUUGUCUGAAGAAGAUCUAAUUGCCGGAAUUCGCAGUGAUUUCGCGGAAUUCAGCGGGAAGUUUAAGACCGGGAUCUCGAAGCUGUCGAACACCAAGACCGUAUCGGAGAUCACCAAGAUUGCUUCCAAUUUCCUUCAGUUUGGAUCGGAGGAUUCUUUGGAGAAUUAUGAUGUGGGAAGUGCGGUUGGUGUAACAGAGGAGGUCCUGAUAUUUGUGAGGAAUAUCGUCCUGCAUCCUGAGACCUGGUUGGACUUUCCUCUUCCUUAUGAUGACGAUUCUGACGAUCUUGAGUUGUCUGAUGCCCAGCAAGAACAUGCUCUAGCUGUUGAGCAUCUUGUUCCAAGAUUGGCUGCUUUGAGGAUUGAGCUUUGUCCUCACUACAUGAGUGAAGAUUGCUUUUGGAAGAUCUACUUUGUGCUCUUGCAUCCUAGACUUAGCAAGCAUGAUGCUGAAAUUCUGUCAACACCCCAAAUACUAGAAGCCAGAGCACAACUUCAUGAAUUACAACAACGAUCCAAGGGCCAGAUGGAGCCCCAGAUAUCUAGAAAUAUCUCUACUAGCUCAAAAGAAUCUUCUGAUUCAUCCAAUGAGGAGCUUCGCUCUGUUCCACCUAGAGAUCAAUCUGAAUCACUGAAAUCCCAUGACAGUGCAGCUCCUUCCUCUAUGGUUACUGUUGUAGAGACCGAUAAGCAUCCAAUUAAGAACGUGGAAAUUCAAGUUGUAGAUAAGCCUGUCAUUGAGGAAAUACCCUUGCAAACCGGUGUUGAACAUUCCCACUCUGGUGCUUCCCAAGUUUUUGAUGAGAUAUACGUGGAUGAUGGAGAUGAUUGGUUGAAAGAGGAAACUCUUGAGAUUGAUGGUGAUGGUGGAACUAACAUUCCUGCUGGGAAUGACGAGGAUGUAUCAUUUAGUGAUCUUGAGGACGAUGACCAGGAGGUGACGGCAUAUCAUAAGAAGGGUACAUCAGGCUCCGACUCUUCAACUAAAGAUUCCCGAGAUUGGGUUCAGCUUAGCCGGACUUCUGAUUCAGACAAGGACACCAACACCAUAGAGACUAAGCAUGUCGGAUCGGGGCAGGUAGUCACCCGCAAGGAAUCAAGUGACUGGCUUAAUGUCGAUGACAUUGAUUCGAUGUGACAACUCCGUAAAACUCUUCAAUCUGCUUAUUUUCAUAGAAUUUUAUCCCUUCAACAAUGUAUAUCAUGUGUUUUCUCGAUAUGAACCAUGCAUUUGGAAACUUUGUUAUAAGAUCACUGUAUAUAGAAAAAACUUGUAAACUCAAAUUCAUUUACAUGCAAAUAAUGGAUGGCUUUGUCGUAAUUUC